ACAGAGGAGGUAAAGCUACCGUUUUUCUAGGAAAAAAACGGGCUAAAAAUGACCAUUAUAUCUGGAGAACAUCAUCAAAAAAAUAUAAAGGAUAUUCCCCAAUGCCAAGAAGUUGCACAAAAGAAUGUUGCUGCAUCAUCUAUUAUUUUUCAUCAAGCGAAAAAACAAUUUGCAGCGUUAAAAUUAGAAAAUAAGUCAUCACCAUCAAAUAUAAAGACUAGUGAAAAUGUUCAGGUUUCGAUCAAACCAAUUGGGAUCACGAAAGUUCAGGGAUUGCCUCCUUUUCAAAAUAAAAUUCCUGUCUUAAGAAUUUCACCGUCACUUAAUACAAUGAUGUCAUCAAAAAGUAGCAAUAGUGUAAUUAUAAGAGCCAAAGUACCGAAAAGUGUUAUAAAACCCGGGGAAGAAGCACGUGCUCCAGAAGUGUCAAAAAAAGUAACUACAAACGGUACGGUAAUUAGAGCCUCGCAAACACCAAAGGGUACACGAAUUAAAACGGCAACCGUUUCACCAUAUCAACAGAAACAUCCUUCACAACAAACAUCUACAUCAGCAAAUAAAAGUUUAAUUAAGAAACCUAAUAUGCCUAUAACGUUGCGUGUGAAGCCAGGUACACCUUAUGCCUCUUUAGCUACAUCAUCACCACGUUCUCAGAUACAGAAAAAAUCGGAAAUAAAAAAGACAGAUAAUCAGCAAGAAACUCGAAAGAAACAACCUGGUGCAAUCAAAGUGAUUUCUGUUAACGCGCUUAAUGCACGUCAACCAAAAAUAAUUACAACAGAAAAUGUUCCAAAUAAUAAGCCCCUUAGACUUGCACCGUCGCUUUCGAAAGCCAAUUUCAUGCCAAAAACAAAUCAAUGUUUAUCCCCAAACAGCAAAUCAACUCUUAAACCUUUUACUAGUGUAACUAAUCUAGUAUCGCAUGAAAAACUUGGAAAACCGAUUUUUGUAGCUUCUAAUAUAAAUAAUGGAAGCAGUCAAAUGAAAAGGAUAUAAUGUUUGAAUAAGAAAAACCC